AGACGGGGCUGCUGCGAUGCUACGUGACAGCCGGACGGUCACAGCCACCUCCAGAGGCCUUUGAGGCAUGGAAUUAAUGACAGUUCAGUGCUGCUGGCGGUAAUCCCCAUUACGGCACAGCUUUGCAUAGUCUGAGAAAUCCAGGAAUGAGGCAGUGGGCUCCUGGCCUUCUUGAGGCUCUCGGAAGCCUCCUAUCGUUUCACCGAGACCUCAUUUUGUGCAGACAGAUGUUUUCUCUGGGUGACUGAAGCAAAACCCGGCUGGCUGACUCACAGGGCCUCAGGAGCGGCCAGCUGUGCUGCUCUGCUCUCUGGUAGAUGGAGUGCCUCGUCCCCAGCUUGGGGCCUCUGGACUGUAACGCCUAACAGGUGCUGAGGGGUGAAAAGGCGAGGAUGGCGCCAAAAUGCGAUGGGACGCACACACGGCAGGGAGGCCCCUGAGGAGUAGCACCUCCGCACCGAGCCGCGCUGGGAGCAUGCACUGCAGGCACUGCCUGACUCAGAGCGGGACGUCGUGACCUGGGGACGACCCGGUGCCCUGACCUGCUGAAAGUUCAGCGCCGUGUCACCAGCCUCAGCAGUUUCACUUGCCGGCCCGGCAUGAGAAUUUCCCACCGUGGUUCUGCUGAGUGAGGGCGUAGCUCUCACCUGUGUGCCGAAACGCAAGCGUCCCUCGUUGCUGCCCACUGCUCACAGCCACCAGGCACUCGGUGGCUGAAGCUUGCACAGAUAUUUUUUGGAGGACAGCAUUUCAGGAGCAGGAUGCUUAGACAAGGAGGUGAUGUGGCAUACAGCACAGCAAGCCAGGAGAGAGGUGGAGGACAAGGAAGAUUUGCUGUGGUGCCUGGCAAAGCAUAUCAGCUGUGGGAAGGAGAGCAACUGGGUGACAGAUCAACAUUGUGCUGACAGGGCAACCUGCCGGCAGAGCUGGGCCUUAACGAGCACCACCAGAACGAAGCCAUCAACUAUAUGCGCUUUGCUCGUUUCAAGCGUGGCCUGUGUCUCAAAACAGUGGAUUCGUGCUUCCAGGACCUUAAGGACAGCAGGCUUGUUGAGGAGACCUUCACAGUUGAUGAGGUGGCAGACAUGCUGGAUGGGCUGCAGACCAUUGUACACAGUGAAGUGGAGUCCGAGCUCAUAAAUACAACGUACACCAAUGUUUUACUUCUGCGCCAGCUCUUUUCACAGGCUGAGAAAUGGUACCUUAAGUUACAGACAGACAUCUCUGAAUUGGAGAAUCGAGAACUGUUGGAACAGGUUGCUGAGUUUGAAAAGUCAGAAUUUACAUCUUCAAACAAGAAGCCCAGUGCAGAGCUCAUUAAACCAAAACUGGCUCCCAUAAAUGAAGGAGGGUCAGAGCUGCUAAACAAGACAGUUGCGUGUCUCCAAGAAGAAAACGAAAAAUUGAAGAGCAGGCUUAAGACGAUAGAAACACAGGCUACAGCUGCACUAGAUGAAAAAUCCAAACUAGAGAAGUCACUGAAGGAUUUACAGAUGAUCCAGGGAGAUCAAAAGACUGAUGUAAACAAGGAUAUCGUUGAAUUGGAGAAUAAAGUGGCAGCUUUGAAAUGUCAGUUUGAGAAGACUUUGAAUGAUUCUACCGCAAACCAAAAAUUCCUGGAAGAGAACUUGGUGACAACAAAACAUGACUUGCUUAAGGUUCAGGAUCAGCUAUCCACAGCUGAGAAGGAACUAGAGAAGAAAUUUCAGCAAACAGCUGCCUACCGCAACAUGAAAGAAAUUCUUACUAAGAAGAAUGAACAGAUAAAGGAUCUACGAAGAAGGCUUUCUAAGUAUGAGCCAGAAGACUGAUCUAUCAAAAGCUCACAUAGGAAGAACAUGGAGAGUGCUGUUAUUUUUUUUUAAUCAAAUUUUGUUUAAAAUAGCUUACUAUUUGCUUCUAGUGCUUAAGGUAACUUCCUAUUAAUACUAAAAGGAUGCUGAAACUUUUACCUUACUUCCUUAUAAACCCCUAGUUUAUAACUGUUUGUUUCUGUAGCCGUGUUUUAAAUUAACCAUCAACAUUCCUUGAGAAAUAGCAAGCAGCAUCUUAUUGAUGCUUAGAAGAUCUGAGACAAUUCUUUACAAAGAAAGGAGUUUAUUUUUGUUAGGAAAAGGGGGGGGGGAGGGAAGUAUGAGGUUUUUUGUGAUGUCUCUGAGGUGAAAACUGCAGUGGUUAUAUUAGUACGGUUCGUGUAGCCGUGAAGUGGCAUCGUUUGUGAAAACUGCAUUGGUAGCAGUAAAAAGUAGGAGGGAAAAAGAAAGAAACAUGCUGAUUCUAUAGCAUUAAUUCACACUGAUGAUCUGAUCUCUCUGCAAAAUGUGACCAGUAACAUUUUGCUAGAGGCUAUUCAUUAGGUAGUGAGAGAAAUAUGCUGUAUAGGAGAUGCAGUGGAUUCUUUAAGGGAAAAAAAAAACCAAAACACUAAUUGGAGCUAUGCUCUUUCACUUGAAUUCAUUUGAAACAAAUGUGAACAUUAUUAGAAUACAGAUUCUGAUUUUUUUCUCAAUCCUUUUGAUGCUAAAGUGACAAUGUGAAAAAGCAUGAGGAAGUGGCUUAUGGAGCAGCUUUCUUAAGAAAUAAGCUAUUGUAGAUGUUUUCACCUCCUUUCUUAUUGUAACCUCACUAGAAAACAGUUUACUCAAGUCUUCAGAGAAGACCUUGUAUUUACCUGGCAGUCUCUUUAUAGUUCAUUGUACUCAUUUUUUUUCUGUUCAUAUGUAUGUUGUAUGUUACUCCAAAUAAAAGCAUUAUGUUUUAAAAUA